AUAUGUAUAUGUAUAUAUAUAUAGCUAUAGCAUCAGUUUAAAGGUUUGACCUUUAGCCUUCUUUCUGUUCAGUAUUAGUUGAGUAACAGAAUUGACUUUCUCUGAGUUUUAUUGUGUCUUGGUAAGUGAAAACAGGCUUUAAAAUGGUGAUUAGGACGCCACAGCAAUAAGCUGAAUUUAAUGCUGUUUAAUUAAGAACCAAGUACAUUACUAUAUAGUGAGUACCGUUUCAAUAAUAGUAUACAUUUUAUUUUGAUUUAGAUUUAAGGUAGCUAACAAAAUAAUACUUAGAGAUACAAUGUAUGGAAGGGGGGAGAUUUGAUGACUACAAUUGAUUCUAAGCUGAAGCUGAGUCAGUGUUGUGCAGCUUCAAAAAAGGCACAUGUAGUUUUAAAGUUCAUAUGUUUAGAUGUCAAAUCAAGCCAUGGGUUCUUCAUCUGACUCUUGUUUUGUUGAACUUCCUGGAUUUUGUUUGGUCGGCUACUGCCUGCACUUAAAAUGGAUAUUAAAAAGAUUGGAAUGGGGUCAGAGGUAGCAGUGACGCUGGGCAGAGACACAGAAAACAAGCCCUACUUUAUUAUUUAUUAACCAAUUUAUAUAAACUGCCCAUCAAACAAAUUCUGGAUGGCGUAGACAGAACUAAAAACAUUGGAAUGUUGACAGCCUGGAGCAGAAACAGAUUAGAGGUCACACAUGCCUGUGGCCUCCAAGGUGGAACGGCCGCCUCAUAUUGGAGACUUCUUGACCAGAGGGACAUGCAAGAGAACUACGAGACUCUGAUCUCUCUGGAAGAGAUGGCGAUCACCCUGCCCCGAAUCACUGCACUAGCUGAGCCCCACCAGAGAGGUUUGGCAUCAGGAUUUCCGCUUUCUAAAUCUGAUCUGCUCUCCUGGAUGGAUCGAGAAGAUUCAUGGAUUCCAGAACUUCAGGGAUGUGAAGAAAGGACAAUGCCACCUCAGAUAAAUCCAGGUGAAGAAUUGAGAGGAAGGCAUGAACCUGCUCCUCCGGAAAUAAUUCCUAGCGAAACAAAUCUGCAAAAGAGGAAUGUCCUAGAGAGGAAUCCAGUGGAGGCUGAGAAACAACCAUCAGGGACUGGGCCGAGGGGCGCUCUAACCGAAGGAAAGGAGCAGCAAGACAAACCCCUCCCACAGACCAUGGUUGCUUCCAAUCCCCAAAUGUCCCUUAGAAAACCACCAGCGCAUAGCAAGAACCACCAAUGUGCGGAGUGUGGCAAAAGCUUCAGCCAGAAGUCCAACCUUCUCCGGCACCAAAGGCUGCACCUAGACAAAAGAUCCCACAAGUGUGACCAGUGUGAUAAAAGCUUCUCUGAGGCCGAGGCCCUGGCCACGCACCAGAAAGGCCACACAAGCGACAAACCGUACAAGUGUGAGGAAUGCGGGAAAAGCUUCAGCUGGACCUCGCACUUGGAACGGCACCAGCGGAUCCACACCGGAGAGAAACCGUUCCAAUGCAAGGAGUGCGGGAAGGCCUUCAGUGUUGGAUCACACCUGGAGAGGCAUCGGCGUAUCCACACCGGGGAGAAGCCUUAUCAAUGCAAAGAGUGUGGGAAGAGCUUCAGUGUUAGCUCCACCCUGGUCCAGCACCAGAGGACUCAUGCCAACAACAAGCCCUACCAGUGUGAGGACUGUGGGAAGGGCUUCACGCUUGGGGCCAACUUGGUGGCUCACCAAAGGAAACAUCUGGGCCAGAAGCCCUAUGAGUGCCCCGAUUGUGGGAAAAGUUUCAGCUUCACCUCUCACCUAGAGAGACACCAGCGGAUUCACACGGGGGAGAGGCCCUACCAGUGUCCCGACUGUGGGAAGCGUUUCAGCCGCAGCUCCCACCUUUACAGGCACCAAAGAAUCCACACAGGGGAGAAGCCACAUCAGUGUACAAAUUGUGGCAAAAGCUACUACCUCAGUGCGGCCACCCUCCAUCACCUUCAGACAUCUCCAACCCAGAGCAGGGACCCCACCAAGUGCACUGAAUGUAACCGCAAGCGGGUGGCCCCUCAGCCUCCCCCACCUCCUCCCUCUCCGCCAAUGUCUAUUGGGAAACCCUUUAAAUGCUCCAACUGUGGGAAAGAGUUUGGCCAGAGUUCAUCCCUGGUGAAACACCAGCGGAUCCACACAGGAGAGAGGCCCUAUCAGUGUCCCGAGUGUGGGAAGAACUUCAGCUGGUGCUCGGCCCUGAUCAAACACAAGCGGACCCACACAGGGGAGAAACCCUUUCAGUGUGGGGACUGUGGGAAAGCGUUCAGUGUCAGUUCCCAUUUGGAAAGGCACCAGCGCGUGCAUGCUCCUGACCGGCCCCACAAGUGUGCCGAGUGUGGGAAAACCUACGGGGAACUGGCCUCGCUAGUCAAGCACCAGCAAUCCCACGUGCCUGGGAACAAGCGUUAUCGGUGCGCUGACUGCGGGAAAAGUUUCAGCUGGAGCUCCCACCUGGAAAGGCACCAGCGGAUCCACACGGGGGAGAAACCCUACCAGUGCGGUGACUGUGGGAAGUGCUUCAGUGUCAGUUCCCACCUGGACCGCCACCGGAGAAUCCACACGGGAGAGAAACCCUACCACUGCGGUGAAUGUGGGAAGAGCUUCAGCGUCAGCUCCACGCUCUUGCAGCACCAACGGACACACUCGAGCGGAAAGCCUCACAAGUGCAAGGAGUGUGGGAAGCGAUUCGUGGCCGGGGCACAGCUGCUCACGCACCAGCGGGCCCACCGCGGCGAGAAACCCUAUGACUGCACUGUCUGCGGGAAGAGCUUUGGCUUCGUCUCCCACCUGGAGCGGCACCUGAGGGUGCACACAGGUGAGAAGCCCUACCCGUGCGCAGAGUGUGGGAAGUGUUUCAGCCGCAGCUCGCACCGCAACCGCCAUCAGCACACUCAUGUGGCAGAGGGGCUCCCCAAAGAACAACCUGAAGGCCAGAAGGGCAGCUCUGUUUUGACCGAGACUAAGCUCUCCAAAGAACUGCUUCCUGUUGUUCCUGACCCUCCUCUUUCUCUCAUGCCCGCCUGGUGGAGCGAGGGGGAGAGGAACAGCAUCCCCCCAGCUGCUUCCACCUGGCCUGAGGCCCCACUGCCUUUCCAGGGCUUCAUCCCCAAUGCUGUCUCAGCUGGAGGGCUGCGGAGCUGGGGUGGGAAGGGAUUCUUACCUUCAGAUCCAUGGAGGAUAGGGGAAAACAGCUGUAGAUGGGCAUCCCCCUACCUUCAAGAGGGAUGGCCACUCCCUCCCCCAACAUCCUAGCUGCUCAAAGCAAUUUUGUGGGGUGGAUGUGUUAAGACGAAACAAUGAUCUUCUCUCCUGACUCAAGAAAUGCGGCAGAGUGCUAAUUUUGUCCAACUGGAGCCAAGAAGAGCUGGCUUGCAAUGGGGUGGAAUGGAAUAUAGUUGCUGUCCUAAAAGAGAAGGAAGCUACAUUUGUGCUUCUGAGGGAGGUUUACACAGGCCUGGAGCUUUUGAUAUGAGGCAUACUCAGGGUUGCAAUAAUGCCUGCAUCUUAUGCAUUCUGAAGUGGUAGAAUACUGUUGUUAAGAGUCCUUGGCAGGGGUAGGUUCUACUUAUCUUUACUACCGGUUUGCAGUGGGAUCAUGCUUGUGCGCGCUUGCUUGUGCACAUGCACAGAAACUUCCUGAUGACGUUGGGGUCGGUGGGCAGUCUCCCCCCAGUUUUACUACCGGUUCACAAGAACCGGUCCAAACCGGGGGCAACCCACCAUUGGUCCUUGGUGAUCUCUGAGCUUAGUUCUUGCUUAUGGAUCUUUCAUAACCCAACCAGGUAACAUCAUCAGUGAUAGCUGGAUAAUGAAAGGUGUUACAUAUGGAUGUAUGGAGCACCUAUUUGCAUUUCCGCUGCUGAUUGGCUAAUCUAGUGGCGGGGAAAAUAAACGGUUGCCAGUGGCUGGCAAGACUCCCAGAGCUCUUUAAAAAGAGAGAUCCAGCAGCCUGCUGGCCUCUUGCUCCUGAUCACGGAUGGAAAUAAAGUGCUGAACGGAUUACUGCAUCCCACCUCUUCUGUUUGCGCCCCCUAUCUAACAAAAGGUCUACAAACAUCACCUGUGAUGUUACCUACUUUUUUUUUUUAACCUAGUUGGGUAAUGAAAGAUCUAUAAGCAAACAUCCAAGCUCAGAGAACACGAAGAACUCCUCAGUUCAACCCAGAGCUACAGAUAUUCUCUUCUUUUUAGAGACUAAUACUGGUUUUAUUGAUGAUUUGAACUGGCUUAUUACGAUAAAUUGCAGGGGGUGGAGUUUAAAGUAGCAGCCAGCUGAGCCAAAGCUAUACGCUCCUUCUUUACCUAAUGAUUAUGAUUUAAGUGGAGGCAUAGGAUGCUGGUGUAUAUGAGGAUCCAUUUAUUUAUGCGUAGGAUGUCCCAGCUACCUUCUUAAGGCAUCCCAAAUUUACCUGGUGUCGCAAUCUGGAGAAGCUGCAGAAAACACACUUGAAGCAUUUAGCCUGCCUAAAGUUGGAGAGCCUUGAGAGUCAGUAUCCUCUUUCUGGUAGCAUUUUACUGCAAGGCAAGGAAGGAAAUCUGAAGCCGGAUUCCUCUUCUUCAUGGCAUCAUUUGUGCUGCAUGUAGAUUGUCCCAAAGUUGAUCUCUAGGUGGGAAGACACUUCUGCUUCAGAUCCCAAUGAACCGCUGAGAAUCGUCUCAAGCCAGCUAUACUGACAAGUCCCUGUCAAUCCUGGCUGAUGACUAAGCUGGCUGAGACUCAUGGAGGUUUGGUGCCAAGCUUGGACAAGAUAAUUUACUGUAGAUUAAUAAUGGAAGCCCGUAAUCCCAUAAACUAUUGCUAUCAUCAAGAAUGACGGAAAAUGGUGCCGUCAGCCUUGCAAAGUAAUCCAAGCGGGAAGCAUGCCUGAAUGAACACCUCCUAUUCUAUUGUAGAGUUACAUUAACGGAAUCAUACAAGUCUGAAAAUAUAUUUCUCCCCCUCAUUUACCUGUCAAGGAAUUAGGAAGAGUUCCUUCAGAGAUAUUUGCCAUGCCCACGUUCCUUCUGUAGGCUAAAUUAUCUGGGGUUGUACUACUCCAGGCAGACCCGGUCUGUAAUUUGGAGGUCCUUAUGGACUCGAGGCACCUGCUCAAAAAAUAAGUCAUGGCUAAGAGGGUCAUUUCACACUUUCAGAUGGUGCACCAUUGUGCCCAUACCUAGAUCAAGAGGCCCUGCUCACAGUAACUCAAAUCCUUGUAAUUUCUCAUUUAGAAAUUACUAAACACACUCCACAUGGGGCCGCCCCUGAAGAUCACUCAAAAACUUCAACUGGGGCAGAAUGUGGCUGCAUGGCUAGUAAAUGGUGCCAGAUACAUGGCACGCAUAAUGCCAUUUUUGCGUGAGCUGCAUUGAUUGCCAGUGUUUCUGGGUUCAAGGUGCUAGCAAUCAGCUUUAAAGGCCUACAUUGCUUGGUACUGCGGGUACCUGAGGUAUCACCUUUUUCCAAGAGUCUCUACCCGUUUAGCAGAAUGGGCAUGCUGCAGAUCCUGUCAGCCAAAGAGUUUUGGCUGAUGGAGACUAGAAGAUGGGCUUUUUCUACGGUGGCCCCUGUCCUAUGGAACAUCUUCCCUUCAGAGAUUAAAAUGGCCCCAACCCUGUCAGCCUUUCGUAAGUCCUAAAAUCCUGGCAGUGUUCCUGAGCCUGGGGUGCCAAAUGUGUUAAGGGCCCCACCUCUUGACUAUAUUGCUAACUGGCCAAGUAUUUCGGCUGCUAUAUAUAUUUAUGUUGGAUGUUUCUCUUCUUUUCUUUUCUUUUGUUUUAAAAUGUUUUUAGUAUUUUGAUUGUAAUUUAUUUUUUGGAUUGUAAACCACCCAGAAUCAUUGACUGAGAUGGGUGGCUAUAGAAAUGGAAUGGAUGGAUGAAUUUUAUUGAGAGGAGAGCAGCGGAAUAAAACAAAAACUGUUGCUACAAAUAUCAGUUUAUAAAUGUUCCUAAUUUCCAACACAAUAAUAUUUUAGGGAACUAAUAAGUCAAUUUAAAAGUAAUGAAUUUUGCAUGGGAUUGUAAAGAAAUUUCAGCUACAGUCCUAUUGAUGCUUGUUUGACAUUAAAGUCUAUGGAGCUCACUUGCAUUUAUUUCAGAGUAAAUAUGCUUUGUUUUAAACAUAAAGCGCUCAUUUGGAGAAAACUGGUAGUACCAGAUAAAGUAGAAAGUUGGAAUUUAUUUUUGCACCCAAGUGAUUUAAAUUCAAAUCCCACUUCAGCAGCAGAAUCACUAGAUGAUUGGUGUUUAGCUGUCUUUUAGCUUUGGUUCCCCAUCUGUAAAAUGGAAAUUAGAGCUUCUUAUCCUGAAGACUUAGCAUUUUAAAAAUAUUUUUAAAAUUUUUUUUUGCCUAGUUCAAAGUCUGACAUUAUAUUCCCACAAUCCUCUUAAUCUUUUAUUUGAAUUAAAACAAAAUACAAUUGUAUUCAAAUUAAGGUGGCCUGAAAAACCCUGUCCAGAACAAAAGUACACAUAACAGGCCUCAGGCCUCAAGCCUGGGAAAAUCUCUGGUCAAACGAACUCCCCCUGCAUAAGGAAAUGCCUUGUCAGCUAUAUUAAGGAAACCGCUUUCUCAGCUUGAUGUAUGACCAUAGGAAGGCCAAGCUGCACCCAUAAAUAUGCUGAGCUUAGAGAACCAUAUCCUUUUGUCAAGCAAUAACUGCAUCCUGAUAUCGUUAUGAACAUGUUGUGUUCCACUGGACAGCAAUCCACCAUCCCGUUCACCCCUGGACCAGGUCCCACAUACCUCCGUACUCACUCUCUCCCCAAUGCCAACAGACUCUAGGUCCCCUAGGCCGACAGGGUAAAUAACAGGGAUUCCCCAACAAAUCAUAUUAUAAUGGCCUGAUAUAUAUCAUGCUAAGGCAGGGAGUGGCAACCUCCUGCAACAUCUUGCAUUAUCUAUCUAAUUCCAUUUUAGUCUGGUGUGUUGUGUGAACCCUGCCAAUCAAUACUUAGUUGGAAUAUUCUUUGGUUUAUCCAUCAGUUCCUAAUGGUCAUCUUAUUCCCCACCUUUUAACAUAAUGCUGAAACAAUAAUGACAAACAUCUGUGAACUGCAGAAUUCACUGCAAGAGAAUUAUUUGACAAAUCUGGAACUUCAAAAUUCACAUCAGAUAAAAUAGAUAUACCUAUAUGCAUGCCUGCAGCACAAAAACAUCACAAAUUUCACCAUCUGGCAUUCAAUUAAAAGACUUGUGUAAAAACAACUUAAUUAUACUCUAAUAUUAACUGUUGUUGAAGUCUGAGGACCACAAUAAAGAAUGAAACCACAAUUGGAAUUAAAGAUAUCAGUGGUUUAAUUUAGUUGCUUUGGCUUGACUCAGUAUUUUUACCUCAUGCCUUCCAGAGGCGUUGGAUCUCUAAUCCCAAAACUGUGAACUUGACUUUGGAAUUAUGAACAUUGACCGACCUCCUUGAGAGUUCCAGGUUGAGAAAAGCUGAUGUAUCCAAAUUUGGCGCUUUUCUAUUAAUUGUUUUUAUCUCCAGAAUCGAUGAAAGGUUUCACCUGCUGAAAAAGUUAAUGGUCAAGGCAUCCUUGAACUAUUCCUUCACAAAGGGUUUUCAAACUAUUGUUGUUGGUGGGGGACUUUUCCUGCCUGAAUAUACUAUAGCCUAAGUAUGGAAAGAUGGUGGAAUGAGAAGAUAUUGAAAUGAAAAUAAUCGUGCCUACCUUUCCUUCUUCAUUUUAAACAUGAUAGAACAGCCGCGUUAGUACUAUAAUGAAAAAAAAAGCAAGUUUAUGCCUUUUAGUAAAAAGUUGUUAGUCGGAAAGGCAAGUAUUCCCGAGGUUUUCCUUCCCCCUCCCAAUUCUAGGAAAGCCUAGGCCAUAAUAAAUGCUUUACUUUUUAAAAUGCCCCGACAUUGUUUCUCUUCCCGACCCUGAGUAAGUCAGUGUAUUAUUUCCUAACGCUUCACGUUUGUAUAUAUAAUCAACUAAUAAACGAACAAAGAAAGACAGGGUACUCAGCCUUCAAUUGAAACCGAAUUUCUCACAAAAGUUGGGUAGGGAAAGGUUGCUGGAAACUGAUUGGUUGCAAGUCAAUCGGACCUGAGUGAAAUCCAUAAGUAGCGGUAAUAGAAUGAAUCCAUCUGAGUGGUAUAUAAAUGUUCGGGCCGUUAGCGACGCUGAUUGCCGGUCGGAUCUCUGUUAGCAAGAUGGAAGGCCAGCGGGUGGCGUUGCAGCAGCAGGAGGUGGCGCCGAGGCCGGUGGAAAGUGCAAUGACUCCGAAAGAAGAUUUGCGAGUAGUAUUGGGUGAGGGAGAUUUCUAAGAGCUGUGGGGUUUUUUUUUAAUAGAUAAAAGGGAGAUCAUUAUUUGCAGCGAGGAGAAUGAAACUAUGACACUUAAAGCUUUAACUUCUAGAAAAUAGAUUUAAAAUAGGAGCAGGCGGGGAAGUGUGUUGAGAACUGGGUGUGGUUUAUCCGUAGAUAGGUAAGGACAAUUUGGUGUGGCUUUGUCGUGAGAGAGAGGAACUCUGCACAUGAGCAAAUGCUCUGAGGGGCAGUUUUAUAAUUUGGGGGGCAAGAGAGAGAGUAGGGUGUGAAGAGAAAUUAUUUUGUAAAGGCUGAUCCUCAAUUUGCCUGUUGAGGUCCUCCUCAACUGGAUGCCCUUCUGAUUUGUGUUUCUAUUCAGUAUAUUUAGCUUUUAACCCCUGAAAUUUUUGCUCGGUAUUUUAAUUUUAUACCUCCAAAAGAUAGGAUGGGAAAAGAAACACUGGUAGCAAAGUGAUUGGGACUGUGUUCACACAACACUUUAAAGCAGAAAUUAGCCAAUUUCAUUUUUGUGUCAUGCAAACUCAAGCUGUAUGAUUAAUAACUUCCACUGGUUUCAUGAGCCUGGAAAGUUGGGCUAACUGAGUAAACCAGGGUUAAGCAUCUCCUGAUAUUUCCCAGGUGUAUACAGUAAAGCUGAAUACAUUCAGCCUGAGCUUAUCCAAUACAAAGGUGUAUUCCAAGCCCAUGGUAAGCUCAGAAACAGUUGCCCUCCGCUGUGAUUCAGAAAGGCCACGAAUCAAAUUGUCCAUUACGAAAAUCCGCAGUUGAAUUUUCAGGUGUCAACUGUGUGCGUGUGGGGGGGUUCAUGAAAAAAAGUAAUUUGUAAUAUUAUACUAAAACUUGGUAAAGGGAAACUGGUUCCAGUAAAAUGAGGACGAAUGUCUUGUUAAACUGUGC